AGUACGGAAAUAUAGGGAAUAACUUGUGCUCCAUCAUCAUCAUUAAACAUUAUCUACGUCAUGCAGAUACAUAAUUAGUCUGAAAUAGCUGACGUUGUCCUGGUUUUUCAAAUGAUUUUGAUAUUUUAAAUGCCAGGAAAACCUGCCGAGUAAAAUAUCAAAAUCGCUAAAAAAAAAAAAGCCAGAAAACGUCAGAUAUUUCAGACUAUUACCUGAUUUGACCUUCUAUGAUGAUUGACACAUUUGUACAACACGUUUCAAUGUACACUAUCAUGAUAUUAAGUAUUAAGACAAUAAACAUCUCCAUGAUAUAUCAUGGAAAAAGUAUGAUGAUGACUUCUUACUAAUAUGCAUCCUUUUAAAUAAGCAUGUAAUUUUGUUUUCUAAUUAAAGGUUAAUUAAUAUUUUCAAUUGAUUUACAUAACAUAGUCUAGACUAAUGGUCUUUUUUUACCACACUAAUCUUAAAUAUCUAAUGUCAUUGAUAAGAAUUGUUUUUAAACUUUAAAUAAUUGGGAGUUUAAAUUUAAAGUGUUCAUUUCAAUCAUUUAAAAAAAGUUAAGAGUGACAGCAAACAAAAACAAAGAAAAAUUACUGGAGCAUAAAUCAUUAUUUUAAAAACUGUCAAACCACAGAGACGCAAGAGCUUACACAAGAUAAGAUUACAUGGGGAUUUAUCUGAACAUCUAGAGGUAAUUAUAUUUUGAUUUAUUACUGUUGUUUAGACCAUUUAUAAAUAAAAUACUGACAUCAAUGGAUUUGUACAAUUUCUGACUUUCCAAACAUUGCAAUAUAGAGUCAAAAGCUACACAUUUGGUUGGGUGAUAAAUUAUCAGUAAGUUAAAGCUUUAAAUUGAAUUUCUAUGUAAAAACAAACGUGAAAACAGUGAAAAGCAAUUUAAGCAAAUGAACCAUCCAGGUGUUAUAAAUUUGAGUAUUAUCUGAUCUACAACAGACUGUGAUCCUGGUAUUCUGGACAAAGAUUUCGGAGAACAUGGACCAAUAUAAAGACAGCAGACCUCAGAUACAGAAUGACAGUGUUUUACCAAGCAUAAAAACUAAGGGAGUGCCCAUACAAAUACAGCCCCAAGAACUGAGUGGAUUCACCAGGGACCCUGAGGAGGAGGACAACCAGAGUGAUUUCUCCUCCUCCUCCUCCUCCUCCCUCUCUAGUGAUUCAUCUGAUAACGAACUCAUCUAUCCAGUUCUGAACUCUAAGGGUCCCAAAGCCCAGACCAUAGCUGUCUGGUGUUUCCUCAAGCCACGCAGCAUCGUGAUCUUUCCUCCUGGAGAAUCUGACCUCACGUCCAGAAUUGUGAAAUAUUCCGAGAAUUAUCUUGGCUACGAGAGAAACCAGCAUAAACUGAAGAUGCUAACACUGGGACAGUUAUCUCCCUUGGACAUAAAGAGUGCGCACAGUGUCAGACCUGGGUCAGUUGUGAUGAUUUUCCCCAGGACCAAAAAUCAAGUAAACAUAGAAAUUUCUCAACUCAAUGUAAGCUUUUCCCUCUCUGUUGAUAUCUCAAUGACUGUUCACAGUCUUAAAAACUGUGUCAGGAAGAAGCAAGGGAUUCCUAUUGGCAGACAGGAACUGUUAUUUAUGGAACAAGCCUUGGAGAACAACCGUCGUUUGCUUGAAUACAAGGUAAAGAAUAGGUCCAUUUUGCACCUCAUGAUUCAAGCUCACUUUGAUCUGCUGCUAAAAGUGGAUACAUUCUGGGGAAUCAGCUACAGAUUUUAUGUUGACCCAUGCAGCACAGGAACUGAUGUGGUUCAUAAUGUGCUCCACAGAACUUUCAGCCCAAAAGGUCUGAAAGAAUACAAUAGCAUUCAUGAGUUCCUAAUUCCACUCCAUACUCUAAUGUUGAGUCACCGAUCCAGGCUUGUGCAAUGGGACCACUGUCUUGCAGGAAUGGGCAUCAAAUGUGGCGACACACUUCUACUGACCACUGUUGUACAACAAAACAAUAGGAAAUUCCAGAAUAUCUCCAUCACCACAGAGAGUGGAGAGAAUUAUGAGGUCAAAGCCUCGAGGUAUGACAGAUGGUCAGUGGUAGCAUUUCUGUUGCAUGGUUUGACUCACAUUCCAGUAGAUUUCAUUAAACUUUAUAAAGACAACCAGUCUCUCGACUUGUUAAGACCGAUUGGUGAAGUUGCAAAAGGUAACUCAAUUGUAAUGAACAUUGUGAUGACACAUGUAGAUGGGGACCUCAUGUUUGGGGUACCUCUACGAAUAAGUCUAGGUAACGGAAUCAUUGAAAAUGUGAAAAUUGCUGCUAAUAAGUCUGUUAGAAGUAUAAAGAAAAGACUUGAACACUUGGGAGUUCCUAAUGCUUUGCAAUAUCAACUGCUUACUGAUGAAAACAAAAAACUUCCAAACAGUAGCAUAAUCCAGAAUGUUGUGUAUGAUUUGAAAACACCUUUCUCCUUAAAACUGGAAGAUUUUCCUGUGUUUGUUCAUACUCCCGAUGGAGUCAUUUACAAAACUUAUACCUCAGUGAUGCAGAGUAUUGGCCAUUUUAAGCAAAAGAUGCAGAUGAAGUCUGGAUUCAAUAUGGACAGAUGUCGUCUGAUUAUUGCAGGAGAGGAACUCCACGAACAUGACUCAGCAAUUCUCUAUGAUGCUGGUGUAAGCUUAAGAACCUCAAUAUUUGUCAAACUAGACAGUCAGUAUGAGCUCUUCAAUGUUCUAGGGAGUUCUUCUGCCAGCAGUAUUAGUAUUCCAUUCAAACCCACAACUUCUGACAUUGAGAGAAACUUGAAGAACAAUAAGAACAUUCCAGAAGGCAGCUACAACUGUCUUCUGACCUUCGUGUACUGGUUCUUUGUGCACAGAAUAGUGGACAAAAACAAGGUUUCUCAUCGAAAGCAAACAAAGAAACGUUUGCCAAAAGCAAAGGGGAAGUUGUUUCCAUUUACUUCCACAGCUGGUAACCUUCAAGACAUUUAUCCAAAUGGUGCUCAAACUUUGUCUCCAAUUUACUUUCCUGACAUUAGUAGUCCAAAAGCAUUACCCAGAGUCCAUCAUCACAUUAGGUCCAAAAAAUCUCCUUCCUUUGAACCUACUCAGUUCUUGGCUGCUGCAACAGCUCAAGGUUUGCAACCGAGCUCCUCAGAUCCAGUGGCCUUGAGUUGGCACCACUCCCAGGUGGUUCCAUUUCCUGACAUUCACCACCUUCCUAACAAACCAAAAGCAACAUCCAUUGCAUGGGUCCAGGACUAAAAAGAAGGCUCAACCUAAUUUGAUCCAGACAAAAAACAGUUGACUUAUCUUUAUUCUGAUGGUGAUACAUAAAUGGAGACCCCUAAUAAAGAAACAGUGGCUUAGACCCUUACCCUUACACUAAUAAACAUUUCAUUUUAUGUUGUCUUACUCAACCGAGUCUAUUGAUGUUUUAACUACUACAUACAAAAAAAUGUUAACAAAAAUAUUGCAGAAACAAUUGCAAUUUUCAGACAAAGUUGGGAGUACUUCUUCAUCAAAAUCAAAAUGUUGCAUUUUAUUUGGCACAAAAAGCAUGUUUUGCAAGCAAUUUGUUGCAGACAAAAAAAAAGUUCAUAAAUGUACUGAGGAAACUUGAUACAGUUUGACUACAUCAAUAUAGGGAUAAAGGACAAGGACUGCCCCUGUGCAUUUAAGAAGAAAAAGUGUUAGAAAUGAAACAAUAAUUUAAUCUUAAACUGUGUGAUCAGGAUGAGGGGUUCAGAAAAUUGAAGAUUAAAGGACUGAAAAAAAAAUGUUAUUAACAACAAGAAAGAAUCUGGAAUCAUAGAGUGCUCUGAGACAUUAAGAAUAAAUUACAUUGAAGGUUAUAAUGGCAGGUGAUGGCAAUCCAAAUAUUCGAUGCUUUGCGGACACAAUUACCGUUACUUAUAAUCUUCAGUUGAACUGAUAAAUGAUGGCUAAAUAUUCUUUACAAUAUAAAUAUUAUUAAGUUGAUAACAAAAGCAUCAAUAUAAUCAGAUUGGUGCUCCGGUAGAGUGGGAAACUGUUACUGGAAUUAAUUUCUUUAUUUUUAAAGAAAAGGGUGCAGUGUUC